AUGCAACAAUCCUUUGCCCUUACCACACCUGAAAUUCUCUCCCUCUCAUCACAAGGGAACUCUGUUGCAAUGCCCAACACACGUACCUUCACACCGCAUUUCGCAAAUGGCACGGAUUUUGAGUUAUUCGGAGCUCCAACAAUGGUGGGUCUCUCUCAAUUUAAACCAAUCGCAGCCCAAAGAGCCAUUUGGUCACCAUCCAGGGACAGCUUUUGUUUCUGCCGCAUUGGCAGAAACAGAGGUGGGGAAAGCAGGGGUCCCUUUGUUGUGAAGGACAGAAAGGCAAAGCUUCUUGGGGUGCCAUCACCAAAACAUUCAGGAUAUAAGGGUGACGAUCAGUUUAUCAAAUCUCAGAGGGCCUCAAGAUCAAGAGAUUCUCCAUCUGGGUUUUUGGAUUGGACCAGAAAACAGAUUCUUAAAGACGACAAAACAGCAGAAUCAAAUUGGAUUCCAAGUGAAGCCUUGGGAAACCUCAACUUUGAUUACGCACAAAAGCUUUUCCAGCUGAUUCAGGAAGAUACAAGGGUGUUGGGGAAGGCUGGGACAGUGCCAGAACGCAGGCUAGGUGUGGUUUUGGUCCUCUGCAAGGCCAGAGGAUUUAAACUGGCAGUUCCCAUUCUGUAUACUGGAGCUGCAGAUACAUGGAAAUCAGUGGAAAGGGGGUAUGGCAUGGAACUGCACCAUCUGAGCUCAUUGAGGUGUUUCACUGAGACCAGUGGGAGACCUCCUAAACUUCCUACUGGAAUUAUGUCUGUUGGAGCUGUUGUUGGAUGCAGGGUGGCACCAGAAUCGGUACGCCAUAUUUGGAAUGAGCUCAAGACUUACAAUGCUCCUAUUCAGCAUUUGUGGUGGCAGGUAAUUGAAGUCCCUGACCACCAAAGAAUAUAA